CUACGAGUUGCUACCAACUUGCGGAUUUGUCCCUUAGUUGCUAUCUUCGGAGCUGCCACUACUGCCAUGAUAACAACUGCUAGGAAGGCAGUCACUUUGUUGCUAUCUUAUAUGAUAUUCACAAAGCCAUUGACUGAGCAGCAUGGGUCUGGAUUGCUACUGAUCGCCAUGGGAAUCAUGUUAAAGAUGAUGUCAGAUGCCAAACUUCCUCCGAAGAUGAUCACACGUAAGCAAUUGGAGUUACACGAGGAAACCAAUUCGGGUGUAGGAAAAGGUGAAGAACAAGAAGAUGAAGAGAAAAGACCCCUAGUUUGA